CUGAGAGGGGCCCAGGUGAAGGAGAACUAGCCGAGAGGGUGCCCUGGGUGUUGGAAGGGUGGGUCUCUCUGCAGGGUAAGGGGGGAGGUUUUUCAGACUUAACAGGAAGGCAGGGCACCAGGAGUGCAGGAGUUGUCACCUGGUACCUGGAGCUGGACGCCAGGCAAGGCUGGCUGCCCAUUCCUGGCCCCUGCCCAGCCAGGGCGGGCUCAGCCUGCCCCCUGCCCUGGUCCUUUCUCCCUGGGCAGGGAGAGAGAAGGGCCAGAUUCAUGGGCAUGUGACAUGUGCAGUCACACAGGGCCCCUCAUUGGUUUGACCCUCUACUGCCACUGUCUUGCAAUGCUCCAUAAUUUUUUGUACCAGCCCCUCCCAGACACAUCCACACACACAGCAGACGUGGACUCAAGCUGGGACGCAAGCCAGGUGAUACACCAGGAGCAGCCUAGAGGUGCACACGUCCCCAGCAGUCCCCAGCGUUGCAGGUGGGCUCCUGGGGUGUGAGGAGAAGCCAUCAGCAUGGGCCCCGGGGGCCCCUCCCUGUCUGCCCUGGGCCUGCAGCCCAGAGGCCCGGCCUCAUCCUCUCAGCUCACACGGCGAGCCAGGCUGGGGCAGGGCGGCUACCGCAGGCACCGAGGCCGCCUGUGUCCUGGGCUGGGUCUACCCUGUCACUUCACCAAGACCGCCUGCUGGGAGUAUCCACCCCGUCGGAUGGCCCAGAAACUGAGGUCCAAGAGGAAGGACUUGGGCAAGGUCCGACGUUCCCAGAUCACAGGCAACCGACCCAACACAGCCUGGCCUGCGACGCGUGCAGCUAGCUCCUUCCCGCACCCUCUCUCAGCCCUUUGCCGAGGAAGAAGGGAGGAGGGACAGGGGCGAGACGGAUCGAAGCAGCGCCAGGGGUUGGAGCCGCCAGUCUGGUCGCUUCCACCGCACCCUCCCGCCGUCAAGGAUACGGGCAACUACCGGGCCGGGAUCAUUAGUGGGCGAUCGGGCCGGGCGGCGACCCCGGGGGGCCCACAGACUCAGCGCAGAGACCCCUGGGGGUCCGCGGGCAGGGGCGACUUCCUUUCCUGUCGUCCCGCCCGCACUGGCCACAGGUCAGCCGCUCUCCGCGCCUGCGGGGGUCGCCGCGCCCCCCCGCCCGAAGCGCAACUUGUUGCUGCGAAUCCGCUCGGGCUCCACACUCGGGGCCCGAAACUCGCGCCAGCUCGUGGGCCCGGGUUCGGGGCUGGUCCCGGCUCUGACGCGCGGGCAGCGGGACCCCAGCUGCGCCCCCGCCGAGGGCGCUGUACCUGUGCGCGCCUUCAGCCCGCCGCGCAGCUGUCAGUCAUGCGGGCACGAGAAAAGCGAACGCCGCCGCCGGGCCCUUCAGGCCCUGCCCGGGCGCCGUAGAUCGGGACGUACCAAAGCGGCAGACGGAGGUCUCCA